AUGGGGGACUUAACCCUGGAAUGCGGGACUCAAGAUCAAAGAUCUAAGAGGGAGAUUAUUAAAGAAAAAAGAAAGGCACAGUUACAGGCCAGACUUGCAAAGGUCAGACAAAGAAAGGGAAUAAAAGAGGAAGAAAAAGAGACAGAUGUUGAAGUAAAAGAGAAGGAAGACAUGAUUGGUCCAGGUGUCACUGAGAAAUUGAUAGAGGCAAGAACUAUUUCAGAGAGAGAGAUUGAGGAUAAAAAACGUGCCACAGCUCCUGUUAGAGAAUGGGAUAAAGAAAAGAAAAGUGUUGAGGCUAGUUGGAAUUCAUGCAGUGAUGCUGAAAGAGUGGCAGAAUUUGCACCUCCAGACAACUACUUUGACACUGCUGUUCCAAAGAAAAGGGCACGAUCUGAUCCUCGAGAUGAAAGAUUAGAAGAAUUUGCUCCUCCUCCGUCUUAUUACCAACAGUCGUCAGAAAAAAGUUGGAAAAAUACUCUUAAAAGUAAUAAUAAACUGAAGACUCCAAAUUCUGAAGAACUUAAGAUUAAUACAACAAAAAUGUGUGCAAAUGAGGCCAACCUAAGUAAACCUUCCAGCAGUAAAAACAGCGGAGAAAUGCCAUUUAAAAAGAAAUUGGUUAGGGAAAUUACUAGCGAAGCUGUCAGAGAUUUGUCUCACAUACCUUUACCUCCAACACGAGUAAAAACAAAGGAGUCAGUUGCAGAAUCCAAAGUAGAAUGUCCAAUGCCACCUACACAGGCAACUCCAUUAUUGAACCCAAUUUCACAACAAGAGCAAUUACCUAAUCCUUUUGUAAGUCAGCAAUUGCAGCCUUCACAGGUACAUGCAAACAUUUCACCCUUUGGACAAUAUCCAGUGAUUAACUCCUAUACAGGUUCUACUUUUGGAACAAAUAAUGGCAUGUCAGCCCAUUCAAGGCAAAAUUGCACUGUUUCUGAACAUUCAAGUCAUCAGACUCGAUAUGGGGUUGUGUCUUACAUGGAAAACGCCAAUAAACAAAUGCCUACAUAUUUGCACGAAACCUCCAAAGUUCCUUCUCAAGUAAGUCACAUGAGUGAAGAGGACUAUAAGAGACUUGUGAGAAACUUGCCCAGCUCUCUUCCUGCUCCUCCAACCCAAGAUCAACCUCUUCCAGUGUACCCGAGCCAAGCAGAUCCUUACAGUUGGGAUCGAUAUGAAGCGCCUGCUGCAAAACCUAUUAGUGUUGGUAUGAAAAAAGCUGUUGAUAGGACAUCAAGUGCAUUCUCAGUGACACUCACAGAAAUGCCUUUAGCAGGAGAUUCGGAAUGCACAAGAGAAGAUUCUGGUCAAGAGAAGACAAAUAAGAGAAACACAGUUUCUAAAACAAAGUGGAAACAUGGUGCUGCUGCUGAAAAUGCACGGCAGUCAUCUGAAUCAGUUAUUGGAGAAACUCUCAAAUACUUCAGACAGCUGACAGAAAAAAGGUCAAAUGACAAAAAUUGACUCUUUUCAGGAACUUAUCUACCUAAAAAGAAAAUGUACUGUUUAAGGAAUGC